AAAAUAAAUAAUGAUUAUUUCAUAUGAUUCAUUUGAAUUAGUAUGGUUGAUGUCAACAUCAUGUUUAAUAUUAUUAACAUUGACUACAAUCAUAUUUGGUUGUAUUUGUUGGAAACAUAAAACAACACAAAAAGAUGAUUUACUUGGCUUGGAUGGUAUGGUCAAACAAAUUACAAAUCCUGAUGAGAAUGUCAAUCAUAUGAAUCAAAAUAUGAUAAUAAAUUUAAAUCAAAAUCAAAUACAUUCAAUACAAUCAAACACAUCAUCACAAUGUUUGAACUUGUCACAGUCACAGUCACACCACAUCAAUCAUGAUCAAAAUAAUAUUUAUAAUAAAAACAACAUUCUUAAUUAUAAAAGUAAUGUUAUAACAACGACAACAACAACACCUAUUGCUGGUGGACGACCGUCUGGUGGUUCAAAUUCAAAUCGUAGUCUACCAGAUAUACCACGUACAACAGUCAUAGAUACAGAUGUUGAUGUCCAAUGCACCACAGCUGAUACUAAUUCAGAUAUUUAUGCAACUGUUGAUGAUAAAAAUAUUCAUAAAUCAAUGAUUCAUAAGAAUUAUAAUGAUGAUGAUAGUCCGUAUACAACAUCAAUUACAUCAACGAUAUACAGUAAUGACGAUGCUGAUAAAACUGUAUGUAUAACAACAAUAGCAGCAGCAUUAACAAGUCCAACAGCAACACAAGCACGCCCCAGUUUAUCACAACAAAGUUCAUUGAGUCAAGCAGAUGCACCUUAUGCUAGGUUAAAAAGUGUUGAACAUCCAUACGAUCAAUUAAAAAAAGAGCAUCCAUAUGCAUCUGUUAAUAAACAUCAGCAACAUGCAACGGCGCCAACAACAACUAGUAAUGGAGAUUAUUUAGUAGAUAGAAACAGUAAUGAAAUAGUAUUAAGUAAACAAUCACAUUCACCAAUUCAUUUAAAUACUGAACAACAAAAACAACAUGAUAAUAUACUAUCAUUAUCUUCAUCGCCACCAAUAGCACCACCUAGAAUACGUCGUACAUCAUCUAUAAAUAAUGUAAAUAAUUCCCCUACAUCCACAACAACAAUAUCAGCUAGUAUUGCUGUGGCUGGUCAUAUUUCAGCUAAUCAAGAACUACCAUACAUGACACCACCAUUGAUACAACAGCAGCAACAGGUAAUAGCAUCAGCAGUAGCAUCAACCCAACCACAACAACAACAUAACUUUAGUGGUGAUUCACAAGAUUCAUCAAAGGGUUAUACAAGUAUAAGUGUACGUGAACCAUUAGCUAAUAUAUUAGCACAAACAACAACAACAACGACUAUGAAUAUAAGACAACAGCAAUUAGUUAACGAUACAUCACAUUAUGCAACUGUAUCUGAUGAUUCUGAUGAAAUGUAUGCAGCCAUUGAUGAAGCACCAUCAACAUCAACAACAUCAGCAAUAUUAUUAAAUAGAAAUCAUCAAAUUAUAAAUAGAACGCCUAACAAUCAUUUAAAUCAUGUUAUAGAACAUGAUGAUGUUGAUAUAUAUACAAGUGAUAGUGAUACUUAUGCACAAAUAUUACAACCACCAUCACAAACAACACCAACUACAUUAUUAACAUUUAAAAACAGUAAUAACAAUAACAGUAUACAACAGCAGCAACAACAACAACAACAACAAGUAACAAUACCACAACAACAAUUAUAUGAAAAUACUGAUGAGAGUAGUAAAGCAUUAGAACCCCCACAGCCACCAAGUGUUGAUAGUUUAAAACAAGUUACGGCAUCACAACAGCAACAGCAGCAACAUUCUAGGCAGUCAUCAACUACUUCAAACAAUAAUUUAUUAAUAAACGCAGGUGCAUCAACAUCAUCGCCAAAACCAGAAAAACGACAAGCAAAUAGUCCCCUGCCACCACGUCCAUCAUGUGGUAGUACCAGCAGUGAUGAUAUCACUGAUCAACAACAAUACGUGAAUACUGAUAAUAUUAUUAUUGCGAACAAUGAUAAUAAUAUAGUAAAGAAUUUAGAAGAUAUGUAUGCAAAAGUACAUAAAAAUAAUAAUAAAAAGAAACUUAAUAUUAAUAAACAGCAACAACCACAACAUCCUCAACAAUUAAUUGUUAAUGAUGACGUUGAUAGUGGUGGCUACAAUAAUAUUAAAAGACAUUCAUUAAAUAAUAAAAUAAUAACAACAAAUAACAGUGAUAAAUUAGAUGUGAAUAAUGAUAAUGAUCCUGGUUAUGAAACAUUAUUAUUACAUAAAAAUAAGAAAGAUUUAGAUGCAGAUGUAGAAGAUGAAUCAAAUGAAUGUGAAUCUGAAUGUGAUCCUAAUUAUGAAGUAUUAAAACCAAAAAUAAUUAAUAAUAAUAUAACAACAACAAAUAAAACACCUUUGUUAUUAUAUCAACAGACAUCAUCAACAGAUAUUGAUGAACCUAAUUAUGAAAGUAUGCCACAUGAUGACGAUGAUGAACCUACUUAUGAAUCUGUUUUAGAUAAAAAUAUUAUAACACAACAACAUAGUAAUUAUAAAAGUGAUUCUAAAUUAUAA